UAUCUCACUCCUCUCACUCAUUGGAGUUUGCAGCAGAAUCAUCAUCAUCAUCACCACCAUCAUAUUAUUCACCAUCCCCCCCUCUCUCUCUUUCUCUCUCUCUCUCUCUCUCUCUCUUUGUGAAAUAUAAAUUAUAACCCAAUCUUACUGUUGGUUUCCUUGCCUCUCACUCCCUCAACAGUGAUCCUUAACCAAGGAAUGUGAUGCCCCGAGCCUCCACAGUACACACACACACACACACACACACCCCAUACUCUCCUCCCCUCCUCCAUGGAAUUUGUGUCACUGUCCUUCUCCUGCUUCUUCCUGCAGCAGCAGCUAUCUGUGUGAAGAGUAGUUAGAAUUGGUGGAAUGAGGUGUGGUUGGGUGUGUUAAAGAGUGAGUGAGUGUGUGUGUGUGUGUGUGAGAGAGAGAGAGAGAGAGAGAGAGAGAGAGUAGUAUUAGUAUAAGUAUAAGAUUGAAGUUGCGAAGAAGAGAUUUGUUAAGAACCCCAAAAAAAGAAAAAAAAAAAGAAAAAAAAAAAGAGGGGAAGCAAAAAGCAAAAAUUGGGGUAAUUUCAUGGAUUGGGACGCAAAAUUGUCUCCCUGGGACCUGUCAGAAUUCGAUCAGGCCUCUGACGCGACCAUGGGCUCCAUGGUCGGCGGCAGCGGCGGCGGCGGCAAGAACUGCUCGGUCGAUCUCAAACUCGGAGGGUUGGGGGAUUUCGCUCCGGCGGCGCCGGAGAAGUGGCGGGAACAGUCUGCCAAGGCCCCGCCCUCCGCCGCGCCCUCGAAGCGCGCGCGCGGGCCCGGCGGCUCCUCGCAGGCCGCCGCCUCCUGCCUCGUCGACGGCUGCAAUUCCGACCUCAGCAGCUGCCGGGACUACCACCGCCGGCACAAGGUCUGCGAAGUCCACUCCAAGACCCCCAUCGUCCUGGUCGGCGGCCAGGAGCAGAGAUUUUGCCAGCAGUGCAGCAGGUUUCACUUGCUAGCGGAGUUUGAUGAGGUGAAAAGAAGCUGUAGGAAACGGCUAGAUGGGCACAACCGACGCCGAAGGAAGCCUCAGCCGGAGCCCAUUAGUCCCGGGAUUUUGUUCUCUAAUCAGCACCAAGCGACGCAGUUUUCGAACUAUCCGCCAAUAUUUACGGCUGCAGCGACAGAGCCAAGCUGGGCCAGCAUCAUGAAAGCCGAGGAGAAUGACGCGAUUCCCCUCUACCCGCAUCCCCACCACCCGCCGCUCCAGCUCGUCGACAGGACGCAGACGAUCCCGGCGUCCUUCUCCAGCGCUUUCAAGGAGCAGAAGCGCUUCCCCUUCUUGCAGGAAAAAGACGAUACCGCCCUCCCCGUCAGACCUGCGCUGAAACCCGUCCCGCACGGACUAGCCCAAGUUCUGGACUCCUCUGAUUGUGCUCUCUCUCUUCUGUCAUCGCCUCCCACGGCUCAGAACUCGAGCAUCACCAACGCGAUCCCGAUGGGUCAGUCGAUGGUCUCGGCCGUGCAUUACGGGGGUUCGGGCGACUUCUCAGCGUCUGGGUUUUCUUGUGAUGAGAAUGCGGGGAGUGUUGUUCUUGUUCCUGACGCCGGUGGCAGCGAGCUUCAGCAUCAUUGUCAGGCUAUGUUUCAUGGCGGCGGCGGCGGCAGAGGGGGGCAAGGGUCCUCAGAUGGUAACUCUCAAGCUCUUCCCUUCAUGUGGCAGUGAUUAAUCUGUUUAGUAUGAUAAUCUCUUUGUUAACUCAUAACAUCUACUAGAUUUUUUUUUUUUUUUUUUUUUUUUUUGGUGUGUACAUUUCUGGGUUGACUGAGGUUCUUGAAACUAGUGACUGAAUCAGCUGUCUACCAGUUUUUUUUUUUUUCCUUUGUUUAUAAAUAAUGUUAUUAUUAUACUCUUGACCGGAGAUCCUCUGGGAGUAACUCUAUUUGCCUCUUCUGGUAAAAAUGUAUGGAUACCCCCUCAGCUAUAGGACAUUAUGAAAGGGACGCCUCAACUUUUUACUCCCUUUUACUUUUUGUGAUUUAAA